UAAAUUUCUUCACAGUGAACUCUGGAACACCAUAGAAGCAAGCAACCAAGCAGGAGAGAGAGAGAGAGAGAGAGAGAGAGAGAGAGAGCAUCAUCAACAUCAAUAAUCAAUCAAAUUCAGCAAUCAAACUAUAACCAUGGCCCAGACCCACACCGACAGACGAGACAAGAAAUUAGCCCUUUAAUUAAUUCUCAAACGCUGCGCUUAACUCAAUCACUCACUUCUCAAUUCUAAAACCAUGGCCUCCUCCUCAUACGAAAAAUACGACAUCAGAAAAAGAAACCCAAAUCCAAAAGUGGCAGCUCUUUUAGUCAUCGACAUGCAGAACUACUUCUCCUCCAUCGCCCAGCCCAUCCUCCAAAACCUCCUCACCACCAUCCGCCUCUGCCGACGCGCCUCCAUUCCUGUCAUCUUCACCCGCCACUCUCACAAGUCCCCCUCCGACUACGGCAUGCUCGACGAGUGGUGGCGCGGCGAUCUCAUCUUCGACGGCACCCCCGAAUCCCAGCUCAUGCCGGAGCUCAACCCCGACGCCCAGGACCACGUCGUCCACAAGAACACGUACAGCGCCUUCAGGAACACGGGCCUCCAGGAAUACUUGCAGGAGAGGGGCGUGGAGGAGGUCAUCGUCACGGGCGUCAUGACCAACUUGUGCUGCGAAACGACGGCGCGUGAAGCCUUCGUUAGAGGGUUCCGAGUGUUUUUCUCAACUGACGCGACUGGGACGUCAGAUCCGGAGCUGCACGAGGCCACCUUGAAGAACUUGGCUUAUGGGUUUGCCUACUUGGUGGAUUGCAACAGGCUUGAGGGGGGACUUUUUCCCUCUCAACAACUUACUUAACCCAACUUCUCCAAUCUAAAAUGAAUGUUUCUGUACUGUAAUCGUCUCUCCCUCUCUAAAAUUAGUGUGUAAUAAUCAAUGUAUUUUUCUUUUUUGGUUAAUUUUAUUUUCCCAGGAACUUUGUUUGUCUUCUAUUUUGAUAAAACGUUGAAGGAAAUCCCGUGAUGGAUUUGGUUGAAUUUUUAUUUAUUUUUACGAUUUUGUGGAAAUUGUCGGUUUUUGUUAUUUUUGAAUGGGUAGAGAUAUGGGCCACAGUGAAGCAUCUACAUUCAAAAGUUGAAGCCCAGAGAGAGGGGGACGAUCCAAAAAUGAAAAAGAAACGUGGCAAGCAUUAUUUUAUUAGCAAUAGGCCAAAACCAUGUGAAGUUGAUAAGAAACCGGACUAUCCAGCCAUACCCUGCCUGCAGUGCAAUCCCAAAUUCCCUCUAUUAUCCAAAUCCUAUCCAACAUCAACAACCAACCUCAGACAAAAUCUCAUCAAAGUUUCAAACUUGAAACCCGAACCAAUCCCCAUCUCUUUCGCCCCUUACUCUCUCUCCCUCUCUCUGAAAGAUUUGGUGGCUAUGGAGGUCCUUUGUUCUUCUUCUCUUUUGACUAAACAGGCUCUUCCUUUAUCUUCAAUCAACUUCACAGGAGCUGGCUCAGUCUCAGUCCCUGGCUUCUCUUUGCCUUCCCUCAAGACUCGAGCUUUUCCCGACUGUAUCAGAAAACACAGUGCAGUUGGGAUCCCAAGGGCCUCUGUUGCUGUUGAGCAGCAGACCCAGAAGGUCAAACUGGCGCUAAUCAGAAUUGGCACCCGAGGGAGCCCACUAGCACUUGCUCAGGCUCAUGAGACAAGAGACAAACUCAUGGCAUCGCAUCCAGACCUAGCUGAAGAGGGGGCAAUUCAGAUUGUAAUUAUAAAAACUACUGGCGAUAAAAUACUGAGCCAACCCCUUGCGGACAUUGGUGGGAAGGGCUUGUUCACCAAGGAAAUAGACGAGGCACUAAUCAAUGGUGAAAUUGACAUUGCUGUCCACUCAAUGAAGGAUGUCCCUACCUACUUACCUGAGAAGACAAUUCUUCCAUGCAACCUUCCGCGAGAGGAUGUCCGAGAUGCAUUUAUAUCCUUAACUGCAUCUUCUCUGGCAGAUCUGCCAGCUGGGAGCACUAUUGGUACUGCUUCCCUUAGAAGAAAGUCACAGAUACUCAAUAGAUAUCCAUCGCUCAAUGUGCUAGAGAAUUUUCGUGGUAAUGUCCAGACACGGCUUAAAAAACUCAAUGAAAA